AUGAGCACAACUUCAAAUCAACAUCUCAAGCCAGAGAUUGACUUGAAUAAGGUUCCUCCUCUCGACCAUCACAGAACUGCCGUCACUUUCAAUUGUUUGAUUCUGAAAAUGACAGAAAUUCUGAACAAUUUUGGAAAUAAAAUGGAAGACGUCCUCGAGAGAGCCGAAAAAACACUUGAUACAGCUGAUCGAAAACUUCGGUUAAUGGAAGCAAAAUUAGCAACGGUUACUAUUGAAGAAAAAUGCACCGAAGCUGUACAGUUCACUCCAACCACAUCAGAUGGCUCUGCUAUUGAACAAACCAAAACUGCGGCAACGACAACGUCCCCCUUACCAAUAAUUCCUCGUGUUUCUGAAGAAAAUACCGAAUUAGUUGAAUCUGCUCCCGCCAUUUUGAUCAAAGACGAUCCUGAAUAUAAUAAAUACUUCAAAAUGCUAAAAAUGGGUGUCCCGGAAGCAGGUGUGAUUCAAAAAAUGGAAUCCGAAGGCAUUGAUUCUUCAAUCUUAAAGAGAGGCGACGAACCAUCCCGAUCACAAAUCUCGAAGUCUGCCGGAUACGAAUCAUCAGGCGAAUCAGUGUCGUCAUUCUCAGAUUCUGAUUAG